AAAAUGCUAUUUCAAAUAAUUGGAUUUGUAUUGAAGGAAUAAUUUAUGAUGUCAGUAAUUUUAUGGAUGAACAUCCUGGUGGUAAAACACUUAUCUUUACUUCCCUAGGAAAAGAUAUGACCACUGCAUUUAAUGGUGGUGUUUAUGAUCAUUCGAACGCUGCUAGGAAUUUGAUGUCUUCUUUUCGUGUUGGUGUUAUUUCUGGUGGUGGUGAAGUUGAAUCUC